AUGGGAGUUGAUCUUACCGGAGCCCUGGUCGGUGUCGAUGGUGCAUCGCGCGUGACCCUGCAGAACAGUUCGAAUGUCUCCUGUGUCCAGAGCUUAGCUGAGUUGCCUCCAGGUUUUCCGAAAGCCUUUGCUUUUGCGAUCUUUUGCGUGUCAGAUGUGUUGAACGUCAGUGGCCAGCAGAUGCGAAGCAGCGACUACGUCCAAGUGGUGCCGGGACGACAGCCUUGCAGGACUGCCCAGGCGAGCGCCGGGGCGUCCUUCCUGCAGCCGCGUGCGGCUGCAACGACUGUAGCACCAGAUGGGAGCUGGGCCACCUUCGAUCUUGGCUACCCGACAGCCUCGGGACCCUUCCAAGUCUGCUACUGCCUGGGUGCUGAUGACUGCAGCCAGGAUUGGGCCUUUUCCAAAUGGGCUGGCACUGUGGCUGUGAUUGGAAAAGUGCGACGCAUGGACCCCAGUGGCUGGGAUCUUGGAGGGCAGGUGUCUGUGUUUCUGGAGAUCACGGACCUGGGUGCUCCGAUCAUCAAUGUGACCUUCAUCUCCCACGGACUGGAGCGGCCCUGUCUGUCUCCCAGCCCCGUCUUCGGCCAGGAGACCACCGCCGUCCAGUGCCUGAUGCCAGCAGCCUUUUCACCGGGUCUGGAGACGGUCACGGCGUUUACGGCGAACGGCCUCUGGGCGACAUCCGUGGACAUCUUCAACCGCUUCGUGCGAGGUGGCUUCAUCAACAUUUCAGACACGUUCGGGCCGACCGUGGGGGGUGACAUCGUGACAAUCUACGUCUCGGACCUGGGCGCGCCCAUCGUGCGCGUCACCUUCGGGUUCAUCGACUCGCCUUCUGUUCUUGCAGACGGCCGUAUGCCAGGGAUCCGAGCCACCGUCGAAGUUCCUGCCACGGCGGUGUCGGGCCUCGUCACGGUGACGGUGACGGCUUCCAACGGCAAUGUGGCCACAGGAAGUAACGUGUACAGCUAUUACAGGGCGGGCGACAUCAGCAACCUCAACCCGCCGCAGGGAGAGAUGGCUGGCGGCACGCGUGUCACCAUCGAGACCACGGACCUGGAUGCGACGAUUGUGGCGGUUUUCUUUGGCGGCAACGAGGGACUCAUCGUUGGUGGUUCUGCAACGAGCAACUUCGUGGUUGCCCUGACGCCGGAAAGCGAGGUUCGGGGCGCUGUGGACGUGGUGGUGCUGGCCGAGAAUCAAAACGAGGCCAUCAGCAUCGGCGGCUUCACCUACCUGGCCGUCUGCCCAGACCCCGGUAUCCCACUGAAUGGAGCCCGGAGUGGCGAGGACCUGUCCGAAGGUGCCGUCUUGAUCUUUUCUUGCCAGUUCGGGUAUGAACUGGUCGGUUCAGCCCAGUCCGUCUGCCAGAUGGACUACGAUUCUUUCGGCAACGUGAUCAGUGAGACCAGCGCUUUUGCCCCUCCUGUACCGACAAGCAUGUUGUGGCCGGUUCGCGAUUUCCAUUGCAACCUGUUCGCAGCGACAGGCAUCCCAGACUUUGGUUUUCGCGCGGGUGGGGAGUCUGGAACCUUUGUGUUCGGCGACGUCGUCACCUUCUCCUGCAGCCCGGGAUACCUCCGUGUGGGGCCCACCGAGCUCCUUUGCCGCGGAGAUGGACAGUUUUCGGGUUCUGCACCCUCCUGCGAGUCGAACCUGGGCUCGCUGAACUUGGUUCGCUACCGCGCUCUCUUUCUGGCGAGCUUUGGUGAGGAGGAAGGCGUGUCACAGCUGGCCUAUCAGGAGGCCGAUGCGAACAGGGAUGGCCUGGUGUCAGAAGCUUGGGGCAAGACAUCAGGAACCACUUCUGUGCAUGUUUGCUCAACAUAUGUUUCGCACGCACGUAAGGCACAAACUGAUGGCUCCAACCCUUAG